AUGGAACCUGCUGAGCUUAUUUCUCAAGAAUGGAGUUCUCUUAGUGGACUCUACACUGCUGAAGAAUCUGACUUUAUGAAUCAGUUACUUGGUAACUGCUCACCCCCGCAACACCUCUAUCAAAACGCCGAUUCCGGAACUGAAGCUGCAUUUUGGCCAGCACAUGAUUCCACAACAGUUACCGUCACUAAAAACAACAAUUUGAACUUUGCUGCGCAAUUCUCUAAUGAUACUAGUUGCAUCAACAAUACAGUUACCAGCUUUGAGUAUAUUUCUAUGGGACUUUCGGUAAAUGAUUCCAAAUUCAGUCCGUAUACAACACAGCCUAAUGAAAAUUUUCUAGCUAACAAGAAUUUAAAGUCCCCGGAGGAACAUGAAAUACUAGUUUCUGAACCAGAAGAGAACACGGGAAGGGAAAAAAAUUCGCUGAAAAGAUCUAGGAGCUCGAAUGAGGUCUCCAAGAUCAAGAGGAAUGUUAAAUGUAGGAAGAAUAUGAGAUGUGCUUCUAGAAGCACUGAUGAUCUGACCUUAAUCAGUUGUUGUUCAGAGGAUGAGUCCAAUUCUUCUCAUGAGCUAUAUGGAGGGUCAUGUUCAAGUUUGAGCCAGAAUGAUUCCUCAGCUAUGAAGUUAAGUGGUAAAUCAAGAUCUAGUCGAGGUCCUGCUACUGAUCCACAAAGCCUAUAUGCAAGAAAAAGAAGAGAAAGAAUAAAUGAAAGGCUGAGAAUCCUACAAAACCUUGUCCCCAAUGGAACUAAGGUGGAUAUUAGCACCAUGCUUGAGGAAGCUGUCCAAUAUGUUAAGUUUUUACAGCUUCAAAUUAAGCUUCUAAGCUCUGAUGAUUUAUGGAUGUACUCUCCCAUUGCUUACAAUGGGAUGAACAUUGGACUGGAACUUGGUAUUACUCCAGCAAAAGAAACAAAGGAUAUGCAAUAG